AUGGUCGGCGGUCACAUCAUCCCGCUCGAGCGGGCCGUCUACUGCGCCAACCCGGACGCCGUCGAGACGUGCCUGCGCAUCUGCGCCGCUCCCGACCAGGUCAGCAUCGGUGUGCGCGUCGGCAGCUACCUCCAGGCCGUGUCGUACUUUGUUCUCGUGCUCGUUGCACCCGACGAAGGAGGUGCUGAGAGCGUCUGGCUCGGCCUGUCCAUCUCUUUCAGUUUCCUGUUCGCCCUCAUCAUGCAGCUCGUCUAUGGCUCGGUCACGCUCCACCACGCCGUCAUCAUCACGCUCCUGUCGCAUCUUCCCUACAUCAGCACCCUGGCCGGCAUGAACACGUUGACGAGCUACGAGGUGCUCGGACCCGCCGGCGUGCGCUUCCUGCAAAGCGGCAUGAUCCUCAAGAGCGUCCUGACGGCCUUGAUCUGGGCGGCGUGCCUGUGGGCCUGGUACGUCGGCCAGCUGCCGGGCUGGACGUUCCUGCAGUUCCGCCAGGCCAACUGCUUCUCGUCGACGUCGCUCGUCGUCUGGAUGUACCCGGUCUCGCCCAAGGACGAGCGCACGACGCUGUCGACCAUCCUCAUCGUCACCUACUCGGCCUUCUGGUUCCUCGUCCUGUGUCUCGGCUCGUACUGGACCCUCAUCGCGCCUCGGGUCCUCUUGCGUCGCGGCGGCCACCUGCGCGACCCGAAGAAGAAGAAGGUCAAGGGCUUCGAGGCGCUGCGCCGGCGCGUCGAGGACGACAUUGGCGACCUCGAGCACGAGCACGGGCAUGGGCGCGAGCGCGAGCAUGACGGCGCGGGCGAGUCGGGCGACAGCAGCGACGACGAGCGCAGGAGGGCUUUCAUCAAGCGGAACCCGAAGGCGUACCAUCGAGACGAGGACGACGGGAUCGGCCUCGCCAUGAUGACGCUCCGGUCCAUGUCCAAGUCGCGCCGCACGCCCUCGCCCACCUCGACGCCCCUCCCCGUGUCCUGCUCCGCGUCGACCUCGUCCCUCCCGUCGUACCGCUCGAGCCGCACGGACCCGUCCCGCACCGCCGCGGCUCUCUCUGAGGCCGGCGGCGUCCAGGCGUCGCGUACGUUGAGCCCGCCGUCGGCGACGAGGGGCAUGACGGCGCUCAGUCCGUGGAGCAAGGGCUUGAGGGGCAGUGACCAAGAUGCGGCGGUACGAUGGACGAGGAGGCAGGCCGAGAGCCGGCACCACUUUAUCAUUUGGCCCCUCGUCGCGCUCCUCCUCGUCUUCGUCAUCGUCACGACCGAGCUGCAGAUGGUCGCCAACGACGUCUUUACCGGCGAGAUGGAGCUCGACUUUCCCGGCGCGUUGACGCUCGCGCUCGCGCUCCCGACGCUGUGGGCCGUCGCCAAGAGCGUCAACCGGAUCCGCGAGGGGAGGCGGCCGACGCCGACGCAGAGGCGGGACGAGACUUUCUGGGAGAUUGCGUCAGGCGAGCGCGCCGCACAGCGCCGCCGAGCCGACGAGCGGCGACGGGAGCGCAGGGCAUACAGCAGCAGCUCGUCGCACGAGUCGAGCAUUGGCGAGAGUGCGAGCGAGUCGGAGCCGGUGGCGCGAGGGAGGAGCAGUCGGCGGUAGCGGCGGCGAGGC